UUGGGUGCUUUUUACCUUCAAUACUCUUACGACUAGGCUCAAGGGUAUCGUCUUCACCAAGUCCAACCAGCCUGAACCCAACCGCAGUCAUUAAUGCGUGAGAAAGUGCUGCGAGGCCCUCGUAAGGGCUACUGAGAAUGGUAAUAGGGACAUUCUGGGGCUCAGACGCUGUUGAUGAUGCUUCAGUGUUAGUCUCACUGGCCGUGCUAGACUUGGGAAGUAUCGUCUGAAGCAGUGUCAAGACUGAGUCACAGUCGAGAACGUUGGUUGGGCUAUUUGAGGCUGUUGCUGCCUCUGGAGGCGGCUGUUGUAGAUUUGACAUUGAGUUCUUGAUGAAAGUAAUUCCUGAUUAAUUAUCAAAUAUUAGAAUAUGAAUGACAGAAUAUGAAUGAGAGAGGAAGAGGAAGAGAAGGAGCAUGCAUCAAUGGUUCAUGACAAUUGUAAGAAACACGCAAGUCUUUUCCACAAAACGGUCACUGCGCCGCCUGAUUCUGCAGAAGACUAUUACAAUGUACAUAACAUUACUGACAUAAAAAAAAAUAAUAAGAGAUACUGCGUCAAUUCGUGGCCCAAGUUUCAGUCUUGGCAUCAACCUGAUUACUGUCAUUCGUUAUCUCUUUGGCGAAGCCGACGUACCGAGGCAAGCAUGCUUGACUUAACUUUACACCUUACCAUGAGCACCUCUAAUAAAACAACUUUUCUGGUCCUCGAUGUACAUCCGAGCGUUGCAGCGAAGGAAUUAUCCAUGUUCCUGGGAUUAGGACCAGACGGAGCAGUCAGUCUUCAUGAGUCAUCUGAUCUGGAGGCUUCAAUAGCAUUUAGGGUUAGCGUACCUUCACUUGAUGUUGCCAUGCCCAUAUUCAGGAGACACAACUUUAGUGAGCUCAAAGGUCGACGGAUAAGAAUGGCCUUCUGGCCACCAAGCGUGUACAAUCGCAUUCCAGGAAUACAGAUCGAGGCGGAGAAAUCAUGUCCACUCUGGAAAAUAUACAAUUUUUUUCAGCGCUUUGGAAUUGUUGUAUCAGACCUCCCCCCCAAUGCCAUAAGUACUAUAUCUCCUUCACUUCAAAUGAUGGAGCAUAUUCAGCCCAUAAUGCACUCACCAAGGGCCACUUUCUGACUUUGGACAUAUCCGCGACAUCAUUUAUAGACCCCUACCACCUCAUUUGCCGAAUUUUUGGACUCAACCGAACAAUACGCUGCCAAAGACCAAAGGAAGCCAGAUUGAAGUGCCUACCAAAAACACACGUGUGAUAGGCACGCCAGUUACCUCUAUCUUCAAAAAAAUUCAAGGUUCAUCUCCGUCUACCUCCAGUAAUAUCAAUGCCAAACAAGCCAAUCUUUACAACCACAGCCGAAGCAGUGAUAAUGAUCAAAAUCGAGCAUCAUCAGAGAACAACAGCAAUUAUAUUCAAAGCCAUACCUACAGUCAUAAACGAAAGCGAGGGCCAGCAGAAGAACA